ACAAAAACAUUUAGCAAAAACAACAAUUAAUAUCAUAAAGGACCACAAAGGAGAAAAUGAAUAUCAUCUAAAACAAUUAGUGUAUACAUAUAAUAUUGGUCUAAUUACAUUGUGAAUUCUCUAUAUGAGUUGAUAAAUGGACUAGAAAAGAUUAUCAAUCAAUCAUCAUGGAAGUUGAGAUAAUCCUCAAGAAAAUCAUCAAACCCUCCUCUCCAACCUCACCUCAACUCAAGACCUAUAGUCUCUCCAUAUUGGAUCAACUUUCAAGCAAAUUUUACAUUUCUAGACUCCUCUUUUUCCUCAACAAAGACACCAACAAGACAUGGACAAAUCUACAAAAAUCAUCUCAUCUCCAAACCUCACUCUCCAAAACCCUAACUCUCUACUACCCAUUUGCCGGUACACUCACGAAUGGAGCCACAAUCGAGUGUAAUGAUGAAGGCGUCGAUUUUAUCGAAACCCGAACAAAUUUCACGCUCCAAGAUAUCCUUAAACAUCCCGACCCGGACCACUUACAUCUCCUUUACCCAUUCGGUUUGAUUGGUAACAACUCGUAUGAAGGAAGCUUGGUAGUCAUACAAGCUAACUUCUUUGCGUGUGGUGGAUUAGCCAUCGGCGUUUGUGUAUCCCACAAAGUCGCUGAUGGCUGCUGUAUGGCCCGGUUCAUAAAGGACUGGGCCAAUAUGGCAAAUAUUCGAAACUAUGAUAUUGAAACGUUGGUAGCCCCCGAGCUUAUUUCUUCGGCUUUCGUUCAUCACGAGCCAAUGAUUGCACCGGAAAUUGUAAUAAAAAUGGAGAAUUGUUUAACCAAGAGAUUCUUGUUUGACGGUUCGAGACUAGUUGGUCUUAAAGCGACCGGUCUUAGCCGAGUUGAAAUAGUCACGUCUAUGUUAUACAAAUCUGCUAUGGCAGCAUUGAAGAGAAGGUUCGGUUCAUCCCGAUCGUCCAUUUUGAUCCAGACGGUUAAUAUGCGGCCAAGAAUGACACCUCCCCUCGAGGAGAAUUCAUUGGGGAACUUCUCUUGGCAUUUCAUGAUGAAACAAGCUCUAAGAGAAGUGAAUUCGUUCGAAGAAUUGACUAGAAAGCUAAGAAAGAGCUUGGAGGAGUUUAACCAUAAAUAUAUGAAGAAAAUGACUGCGGGUGAAUGGUUCAUGGAAAUAAGCGAGUCGAUUAGAGAGGCGAAGGCAUUGUACGAUGGGAGGUCACAAGAUGUGGUGAUAUUUAGUUGUAGCAGCAUGUGUAAGUUUCCAUUUUAUGAGGUGGAUUUUGGUUGGGGGAAGCCGGAGUGGGUGGCGAUCGCGGGGAAUGUGUUCAAAAACACGUUUGUAUUGAUGGAUACGCGAGAUGGAGAUGGGGUGGAGGCGUGGGUGACGUUGGAGGAAGAGGAUAUGACUGCCUUUGAAUGCGACGAAGAUUUGCUCUCCUUUUGCACCGUCAAUCCGAAUGCUUGCUUUUUCGAAUGAUUAAUUGAAAGAACAA